CUCCCACCCCGGGAGCCCUGGACACCGGCUAGAGAGGAGCGCGUUACAGGGAAGAGGAGAGCUAAGCCAACAAGAAGACUGCAGAACUCCACCCGAGGCGGGGAGCGCGCCUGGAGGGCGGCGGCCCCCGGUCCGCGCCUCCCCUCGCCACGCCCGCAGGCCCCGGUCUGCGCGCGCCCACCGGGCCUGGCGCGCGAGUCCCACCCCUCGGGGGUCCAGGCCAAUCGGCCGCGCCCCGCCUCCUGGGAGGUGGUGGAAGAGGGGGUUGGGGGUCGGGGGGCAGCGCCCGCCUUCGGCUGGUGCCCAUUGGCUGAGACCUCGAGGGUGCCCGGAGACCGGAGUGCAGCUGGAUUGGCCGCGGAAGCUCGUGACAGCAGCGCCCAUUGGCUGUGGCGGCCCCCGUGACGCGGGGUGGCGACUGGCUCCGGUGUCUGAGGGGCUCCUGCUUGUCAGGUUCUAGCUCAUGUUUUCUGCCUAGACCUAUGAUCAUUCCCGUGAGACUUCAUUGCAUGUUUUCUCAAGUGUCUUCCUCAUCCCUAAUGCAUAAUCCUUCAGCAUGGACCUGCUGCUCUAGCUAAGAUACGGCCAGCAACGAAUAGUAGUAAGAUAUGUGCUGAUUAGAAGGCUCAAUUGUGCAAGUGUGGAGGAUAAGACAGUGCCUUACAAAAAUGGGGUUUGGGAGUGACCUGAAGAAUUCACAUGAAGCUGUGUUAAAAUUGCAAGACUGGGAAUUACGGUUACUGGAAACAGUGAAGAAAUUUAUGGCCCUGAGAAUAAAAAGUGAUAAAGAAUAUGCGUCUACUUUACAAAACCUUUGUAAUCAAGUUGAUAAGGAAAGUACUAUCCAAAUGAAUUAUGUCAGCAAUGUAUCCAAGUCUUGGCUACUUAUGAUUCAGCAGACGGAACAACUUAGUAGGAUAAUGAAGACACAUGCAGAGGACCUAAAUUCUGGGCCCUUACACAGGCUCACCAUGAUGAUCAAAGACAAGCAGCAGGUGAAGAAGAGUUAUAUAGGUGUUCAUCAGCAGAUAGAGGCAGAGAUGAUCAAGGUUACAAAGACAGAAUUAGAGAAAUUGAAAACCAGCUAUAGACAAUUAAUAAAAGAAAUGAAUUCUGCCAAAGAGAAAUAUAAAGAAGCUGUAGCUAAAGGGAAAGAAACUGAAAAGGCUAAGGAACGUUACGACAAAGCCACAAUGAAACUUCAUAUGUUGCAUAAUCAGUAUGUAUUGGCAUUAAAAGGGGCACAGCUUCAUCAGCAUCAGUAUUAUGACACUACACUUCCUCUGCUUCUGGAUUCCUUACAAAAGAUGCAAGAAGAAAUGAUAAAAGCACUAAAAGGUAUAUUUGAUGAAUACAGCCAGAUAACCAGUCUGGUUACAGAGGAAAUAGUGAAUGUCCAUAAAGAGAUUCAGAUGUCGGUUGAACAGAUAGACCCUAGCACAGAAUACAAUAAUUUCAUAGAUGUUCACAGAACAACGGCUGCUAAGGAGCAAGAAAUUGAGUUUGAUACUUCCUUACUAGAAGAAAAUGAAAAUCUACAGGCAAAUGAGAUUAUGUGGAAUAAUUUAACAGCAGAAAGUUUGCAAGUAAUGUUGAAAACUUUAGCAGAGGAACUUAUGCAGACACAGCAGAUGCUUUUAAACAAGGAGGAAGCUGUCCUGGAGCUAGAGAAGAGGAUUGAGGAAUCUUCUAAGACCUAUGAAAAGAAAUCUGAUAUUGUACUUCUGCUAAGCCAAAAACAGACACUUGAAGAGCUAAAACAGUCAGUCCAGCAGCUGAGAUGUACUGAGGCAAAGUUUACAGCACAAAAAGAAUUGCUAGAGCAAAAAGUGCAAGAAAAUGAUGGGAAAGAGCCACCUCCAGUAGUAAAUUAUGAAGAAGAUGCACGAUCAGUUACAUCUAUGGAAAGAAAGGAGAGGCUAUCCAAAUUUGAGUCUAUUCGUCAUUCAAUUGCUGGAAUCAUUAGGUCUCCAAAGUCUGCACUGGGCUCUUCAACAUUCUGUGAUACGAUCCCCAUAAUUGAGAAGCCUCUGGCAGAACAGGACUGGUACCAUGGUGCAAUUCCCAGAAUAGAAGCGCAAGAUCUGUUAAAACAACAAGGAGACUUCUUGGUGCGAGAGAGUCAUGGGAAACCUGGUGAAUAUGUCCUUUCUGUAUUUUCUGAUGGACAAAGGAGACACUUUAUCAUACAAUUUGUUGAUAAUAUGUAUCGUUUUGAAGGCACUGGGUUUUCAAAUAUCCCUCAACUUAUAGACCAUCACUAUACAACAAAACAGGUCAUCACUAAGAAAUCAGGUGUAGUUCUGCUGAAUCCUAUUCCUAAGGAUAAGAAAUGGGUUCUCAAUCAUGAAGAUGUCACAUUGGGAGAAUUACUGGGCAAGGGAAAUUUUGGUGAAGUAUUUAAGGGCAUAUUAAAGGAUAAAACUGCUGUUGCUGUUAAAACAUGUAAAGAAGAUCUUCCUCAGGAAUUGAAAAUAAAAUUUUUACAAGAAGCCAAAAUUCUCAAGCAAUAUGAUCAUCCCAAUAUUGUCAAACUUAUAGGAGUCUGCACACAAAGACAGCCCAUCUACAUCAUUAUGGAACUGGUUCCAGGAGGUGAUUUUCUCUCCUUUCUGAGAAAGAAGAAGGAUGAAAUAAAACUCAAACAAUUAGUGAAAUUUUCAUUAGAUGCUGCUUCUGGUAUGGCCUAUCUUGAGAGUAAAAACUGUAUACACAGGGAUCUUGCUGCAAGGAACUGCCUGGUAGGUGAAAAUAAUGUCCUGAAGAUCAGUGACUUUGGAAUGUCUCGUCAAGAGGAUGGUGGAGUGUAUUCAUCUUCUGGCUUAAAGCAGAUUCCCAUUAAAUGGACAGCACCAGAAGCUCUUAAUUAUGGGAGAUACAGUUCUGAGAGUGAUGUGUGGAGCUUUGGCAUCCUCCUCUGGGAGACCUUCAGCUUAGGGGUCUGCCCAUACCCUGGAAUGACAAAUCAACAAGCACGGGAACAAGUGGAAAGAGGAUAUCGAAUGUCAGCCCCUCAGCAUUGUCCAGAGGACAUUUUUAAAAUUAUGAUGAAGUGUUGGGAUUAUAAACCUGAAAACCGCCCCAAGUUCACUGAACUUCAGAAAGAGCUCGCUGUCAUCAAGAAGAAAAUCACAUAGUGACGGAACUGCAAACACAGCGUCCAGGACUCAGUCCUCCAGCAGAGUAAUACUGUUCUUCUUGUUAACAAUGAGUUUAUACCACAUUAUGUGCAACAGUCUUCUAAGGUUAUUUUUUUUUAUUAACUGUUUUUUUAAAUAUGUGCCGUUGAAAAAAGUCAAAUGCAUUCAAGAAACAGGUCGUCCUACCAAGGGCUUUCUUAGCUCACCACAGCAAUCCUGCCAUUCCAGCCCCUUGUAAAUAGAAAAGCACAGGCUCUAAAUGUGUUGGGGAACCAAUCUGUCUUUUUCACACCAGGACCACUGAUGUUUCUCAGAGAUUUUUUUUACUUCAGACCCAGUUCACAGCUGCUGUCCCAUGCCACAGACCCUACUCUAUCGGUGCUAUCAGCUGCAUUGGUAAUGCCAUGUCUGCAGGACGCAUUCCAACAAAGUUGGCUUUCUGCUCUGCCAAGGCAAGAGUGUAUUUGUAAACAUCAUUUUAUAUUGAGAAUUAUUUAGACCUUCUAGGGGUUUUCUUUCCUUCCUUGCCAGAAAUAAGCACAGUUUAAGAAUCCUCACAUUCCUGUCUUGUUAGUAAGGUUGUUGUUUUCCUCCCCUUUUGUCCAGGCAUCAAAAAAUGAUGCCUGGAAUGUCCUCAAAGAGCUCUUAAUGGAGGCCACAGCUUUUAAAGAAUGUUUCAGACAGCUGUGACGGCAAGAAGUAAGUUGGAACAGGAGGACGGUCUGGAGAGAGGGGCAGCUAGAGUCGGCAUCAAAGAGAAGGGAAGGAAAAUAGAAAAUCUGCUUUCUUACCAGAGUUAUGCCUUUACCCACACACACAUACACACACACACACACAGUUUCUAUUUUAUGAUCUGAUUCAUGAAAAAGGUUCUAAGAAAUGUUUCUAGGAGUUCAUAGAUAGAGUCUUCUCAGCAACAAAAAUUUUUUUAGAGAAACUCCAAAGCACAAGUCUACGGAAAUAACAACAUACUUUUAAGUACCUUCAUUUGAGAGGAGACAUCCCAGAAUUUAAUUCUGUUCAUUUUUGCCAGUUUCCAGAGCUGUCAGAAUUUCAUGAUCCUAGUUCAUAAACACAUUCAUGUGUGUACACACGUGGGCACGUGCUCACACACACACACCCACACAUAAUACUGAGAAACCAGGCAGGUAUGAAUGGAGUAAAUGGUUAAGAAGUCAAAUGAACAUUAUUACGGAAAAAGCUGUAGAAACGGCCCUCCUAUGUCCACUUUCCCCCUUCAUUUACUCUUACACUUAAGCUACCUGGAAAUUCUUGUUAUUAGCUGACCCAUAUGUGAGCACAGUUUAGAGAUGCUUCAUGUGAAUCAAAUGUAACAGAGUUUAAACUAGGAUUCUUUUUAGCUGAAUCUUAGCUUCAUCCAGGGAACUUACCCCAUGGUCUGUAUAUAGUUGCCUCUCAGGAUAGAUAUGUGUGUAAGAGAUGGUCAUGCUCAGGGGUAAACGUGGCCUGGGAGCUUUUAAUAAGUGCUCAGGCCUGUGUCCAAAUACCACAGUAGUGAUUAUUUGGUCUACAUUCAUUGGAAGAGCUUACGGGAUAGAAAAUUCCUCCUGCCCCCUCCACCUCUUUGCUGCCUAGGAAUAUCACUGCACACAACUCACACCCAGUACUACUUUCAAGAGUAUAUAGGAUAAUACCAAAGAGAAAAAUGCUUGUGUCUACCACUUCAAUCUCCUUGCAGGUUUCAUACACAUUUAAUGAUUACCACAUCCAGACUAAAAUGAAGGCAUAAUAAACUUGCCCACAAAAAAUAAUGCAAUGUACAAAGUAACUUUUUAAAAAAUCAGCAUUGUUUCCCUUCUGUCAAAUAUUACGAGUGAAUGAAACCUUCUUUUGACGGCAUGUACUGUGGUAGAUCAAAGCACAGACUCAUGAACUAAGAUUAAGAGCUCUGGUCUUCAGGUACUUACUUGCCUUCAAAAGCAAGAAUAAAAUGGGGACAUUUCCACCCUUUGCCAGUAUUUCCAAGUGCAACUCUAAUAUUCUUUGUUUAAAGAAAACAGCCUCCCAUCACUUGGCAGCCCCAAUGCUAAGCUCUCAGCAAACAGAGAAUGAUGGUUUGGGCUUUAACUUUGUGAACAAGACCUGAAGCUUAAUCUUUGCAUUCUGGUGGAAAGAAUGAACAUGGCAUUGAUGUUUCACUCAUCCCGACUAUUAGAAUUUGCAAUUCACGUCACAACUCUGUGCUUAAAUUAAAGAAGCUUUUCAAAACAUCGUGACAUCUGCAGCAUUUAAAUUCUAUUUUAGUCUUUGUCCCAAAGCAGGCAGUGGUAUAGUUCAGGAUUAAUAACUCACUGGGAGUCUUUCAGGACCAUAUCAGUUGUAUAGAAUAUUAAAUUUAAUAUAGGCACAUGCAUUAAGAAAAACUUAUGCAGACUAUUUUUUACUGUUAAUUUUGUUGUGCUUGAAGCACAAUUUAUUCAUCCCAUCUGUCACUGAUAAUUAUUGGAAUUGUAUACUUUAGGAGGCUGAUCCAUACCCGAAAAGCACACACACAAAUACUCUUCUGAAUUUGCAAGUUGAUGUAGGGAAAGACGGCUUCAGAAACACAUAAAAUCCUAUGACUUCUUUAGUAAGAAAACAGUGGUAACCCAAACUGCCACUGGUCUGAAUGUACGUCAGCCAGGUCACAAAUCUUUGUGUUGUUAAUGGAUUUUUCAAGUGUUGCAUCUAUUACUCCUGUAUAGUUUCUGUCAUAAUUCCUUAAAUUUAUGAAUACAGAAUAGGGCACGGGCAAACCCAGGCAGCCUGAUUCUCACCUGCAUUUUUCUAUCUUGAAUCACCAAGGAGCCUUUAUGAGAAAUAUUCAGGUAGUUCAUCAUUUUUCAAGGAAAGACAUCUUUUAUUGUCAAAUUAACAUUUAUUACCAACAUGUGAAACCUAAAAUUAUUUUGUAUUCCAUGUAAUCAAAGGUUACCUCCCAAAGCCAACAUGUUCUUUCUCUUCCAGGAAAUAAUAAUAAAGGAUGAAUAGGUUUUGUUUAGACUUUCAAAACCAGAGGUUUCAUUUCAGUCCAUCCUGCCACUAGGCCCCCAGUGAAAGAUCUCACGUAAUCAUUUCUCUUUCACCUCCCAAAUUUAAUAUAGUCAAUAAAGUUCUUCAUAAUUCACCAUUUUAUCACAAAUACGAUAUUAUUGAAACCUCUUACUAGCACAUCAGUGUAGAACAUGAGUCUAAUUGUUUCAGCCAGUUUUCAGUGCACAUUUCACAGCUGUUCAUUUGAGGGUUGUUUUUAAAAGAAAAGAAAAUGUUUAGUCACUGAAAUAGUCUUAAUUUCCUUUAAACCACUAUGUGGUUUUCUUGUCUAUGUUAUACUCAUUGUUUCAGUUUUGCCGUAUAGUUUUAUAUAACUUUUGGCUAACACCACUAAAAUAACUGUGGCUUCACAAUACUGGUGUGACAUGUGUCAAGAAGAAAGUGUUUUAAUUAUAAUAUAUGCCACACACUGAGGAUCUUGUAGUAGGAUAAACAUAAAAAUCAGAAUCUCUAGGUUGUAUGUUGCUGUCACUCAGUUAGCUCAGUCACACCACUUUCUAGUUCAUUCUGGUGAAUCAUCAGAUAUUCUAAAAAUGUACCUGAAAACCUUCCUUAGUAUACUCUGUGGACCCUAUUCUGUGGCUGUGUCCUUUUGAAGUGAGAUUAAUUGAUACUUUCUGAAACGAGGUAGAUAGCCUCAACCCGCUAUUUACAUAUAUGAACUCCCCCAUCACACCAUUGGUAUUUUAGAUGUUUCUUAUCAACAGAACUGAUUGUCCAUAAACACUAUUUUGAGUCAUGUAAAGACUGACUUUUGUAUUUAGGAAGUCAGAGCCCUCACACAGAACAGAGAAUAAUGCAAAAUACAAAGAACAACAAAGGGACAGAUAAUUGAAAAAGAUAUGGUUUCUUUAUGUAUUAAUAUGUUAAUUAAAACAGAUUUUAUAUGAAAAUGAGUUUAUAUUACAGUUCCAUUAUACUAUUAAGUUAGCAUGAAAGUUUACCAUUAAAAUAAAGUUUACCUCUUUUAUUACUAACUCUGAUUUGUUUACACAUGCCAGAAACUUUUAUUAAAUAUUUUAGUUUUAUUUAUUUUUUCUGUUUUGAUUAGUUUCAUAUAAAGUCUGAAUACUAUAUUUUUUGAUAAGAUCCAGAGCUACAUAUUAAUUUCUGCCAAAGAAAAUAUUCAGAUUUAAGAGUCAAGAUUUCAUGUACCAAGAUUAACUACUUGAAGGAGAUACUGGUACAGUUGUAGAGUCCCAUAAAACUCUCCUUUAAAAAAUAAUGCUGUAAUACAGAAAGUGUAUAAACUAUAUAUCUUAGUCAUAAUUCAAUUUAAGGAAAUAUUUAUUACCCCUUGAAGGCCAUCUUACUGCCUCAUACUGAUUCAAAGAUUAAAUUCUGAAUUGUUAAGUAUAGACAAAACUCACGUAGCUGCCUACUAAGGACUGAGAGUCUUAGGUGGUAGAAAAAUCCUACUGUACUGAAUUCCUAUUCACUUUAAACUGGGGACAAGUCAUGAGCACAGGCCUCAGCACAUCUGUUAAUAAGGCGCUAAGGCAAGCAUCUACAAAGGAAAGAGGAGAGCAGCGCUUAUUCUAAGGCCGGAUGGUGCAGCCCCUACAGAGAGUGUAGGAUAAUUAAAGCGGAAUGAAGACUUGGACAGUGUCACUAGGAGGCCCGAGGAGAACAGUGCCAUCAGGAGAGAUCCUUUCCUACAGAAAACUUAAAAGAUAUUGGAGUCAAAAGAAGCAAAGGAGGUCACCUGCCAGGGUGGGGGCCUUCGUGUGAGCAAACCAAACACCUCUGCCUUGCGUUCAGAGCAGUCGUACAUCCCCAGCUCCGAGGGGAGGCUGUGAUGGACAACAUGUACAUGCUCACCAUCCUCCCAACUAAUGGGUUUGGUCAUAUAUGUUUAGAUGUUUAACAGAGACUCCUCAAAGGCUCUUUAUAUUUGAGUUAGGGAUAGUAUUUCCUAAACGAAAUCACUGAUUAGUCACACCUUAUUAGAAAUCUUGUGGCAAUGGGGCUUGUCUCAACUAAGUGAGAGCACACUGAGAUCAGCUGUUUCACCUUUUGACUGAUAUUAACUAACUGGCUCUUAGAGGUACCCCAGAGGGACCUUCCUCCGAUGAGCUCUGCUUUGGGGAAACAUGGAAUCCCGCAGGGAAGGAAGAAAGUACCAAUGAAAUAGCAAUGCUCCUUGUCUGUAUGCUAGCAACACGUGAAGGAAAGGAAUCAUAGAAUCAUCCUAAAGCCAGUCACAGCGCAGCAUGGCUAAGGUCAGACAUGGAAGGCAGAGAAAGAGACAUCCAAAAAGGACGACUGAAGGACAGGAAGGACAACAGAGAACCAACGCAAAGUAAUUCAAGGGCUCACCUUCCAACACAUAAAUGCGGUAUCAAUGAGAGAAGGCGAAUCCUCAAAAGGGAAGUUUGAGGUGCUUCCUGCUGCAUGUUAUUAAACAUUACGUACCUCUCAAGUCUCUACAGCAUUUCUUAAAGGGCAUUGAGUUGGAUGUUGAUUUGAUUUUCUUUAUGCCCCCUAUAAUCUCAGGAGGAAGCCCCUGUUGAAUGAGAAUUACCCUUGCCUGGUUCUCCUGUAAGGCAGCAGACGCGACAGUGGUUCAGCCCACUUGCUAAGCAGUGAGGAGCGGAGGGUGGCACACAUAAGUGGGGAAGUCAGUUUUGCAGGCAAACUGCUGUGAAAGUUCCUACUUUUGAUUUUAUUAAAGAAAAGAUACCCUCCAGGUGUCUUUGCUUGCAACAUAAAGACAGAUUCAGCCUCCCUCCUUGCCAGCAAACUUGUAAGAGCCCACAAAGAAGAAUGUUUAGGAUUCACUCUAAAAAGAUUCAAAUCUUGAAUUUCUAAAUUAUCUUCCUAAACAUGACCAUUGAAGCCAGAAGAUGUGAGUGUUCCACAAAGUAAUAAAAUGUUCUAAGUGAUGGUAAUGACCCUGGCAGCAGAAUGUUGUAAUGUUUUCCCUCUGCUUGCUUCAUUCAGAAGCUUUUCCUCCACAUCUGCCACGUCAGGUUCAGGGAACCCUGCUGGGUGCCAGUUUUUCUGGGUUAUUUUUUUUUUUCUUUCUGGUUGGUAUUUCUUUUUCUCAUAUUCAGUUUCUUAAUCCUUACUUUUCCAAAACAGAAAAGCCUUUUCUCAUCAGCUUUUAUCAAGAGUUUCUCCUCACGUACUCAGGAGGCCCUUGCCUUGCAGGGAGCCCCCAGCAUCCACUUGCCGGGCCAACGGCACACGCUCUGUGUGAGCGGCCCCAGAGAUGCAGCUCAGAACGCACAAAGGCCUCGGUGUAGUCUUUGUGGUGGAAAUGGGACGACUAGGCGGCAGAUGUGUUUAGAUUUUCCCAGGAUGGAAAGAUCACUGUGAGUAGAUGUGUCCGGGGAAGCAGCCUGUUGACUUGGCCGAGUGAGCUCGUGAGGUGACCUACCUCCAAAGAAAUCUUAAAAUACUGAUAAUGAUUAUUUUAAACCCUUGGACAUUUUCAAUUUUUCCAUUCCACUCUUCUCUGCCAAUAUUUUUUGUUGCUUCCUUUAGACUCCUCUUGUCAAUAAAUGUCUAAAAGUAUUUCAGUUGUACAAUGUCAGAGUUUUUCCAUAGCUUCAGAAAAUAGGGUAGCAAAUACAAAGACUCAAGUUUAAAGUGAGGUAGUCUACCUAGAGACACAGACCCCACAGCACCAUUGUGCUAAAAUGCAAGCUCUACUCUAUAGUUUCCCCCAGAGCGGUGCCCUUCCUACAAAGUCAAACAUCACUCUUUCUCCUAUCUGCUAAGAAUGUCUUUAGUAUCAGAAUAAGCACCUUCUAGAUGCUAUCCGAAGCAGAUUCUAAACUGACAUACUAAGAAGCCAGAUUUCAACCAUUAAAGCGACAGCAGUAACACUACUUCAUCUCUUUCUACUCAGUUAAAAUACCCAUGCAAAAACUAGAUCCAUCCAGGAAGUUCACCUCAUCAGGAGCUAGUACUGUAUUUUGAAAGCAUAGGUCAGAUGUCAGUGGGAAAUAUCAGUAUUUUGAGCAACACAGGAUAAGUAUAAGAUGGCCCUUAAAAAAGAAAUCCCGGUUCCCACGUUGGAAAAAAAUCUGAGGAUGAAAAAUGAAGUUGUAUAUGAGUCCAAACUUAUUAAUAUUUUCUUCCUGUAGCUCUUGUCAAAUUGUACAACCUUGGGGGUCUUCUUUCCAGUGUGCCUGAACAAUCUUUAUGAAGCAAAAAACCAAAUUCCCCUCCCGCAACCCCCAAUCGGAGCUUGAAUUUCUAAGUGCCCUAGAUUCAGAGCCUUAGGGGCUGUGAGGAAAUCUGGAAUGUUAUUACUGAGAUCCCAGACAAAAGGCCCAUCCUGGCAGUCUGUGCCAGCUCACUAAUCCAUGCUUUUGUUAAUUUUUAAACAUGGAAGACAGCGGAGUCGGGGGAGGGGGAGAGCAAAACAUCCUGCUAUCUAGAAAUUUUCCUUUUACGAAUAAUUUGACUUGGUAGACAUAUACUUGGGUACCUGCUUUUAAGAAAUGCCAGACUGCUGUAAGCAAAUGCAGAGGGCAUGGUGCCCAGAGCCAUGCUUAAUAUGACUGUGAGUGUUUUCUCCUAACCCAAAGCAUAGCAGGUCUUACAUUUAGACUAUAGGAUGCUGUGGAGACCCGUCCCCUGUCAGUCUAAUUGCUUUGCUUCAGCUGCAAGUGGAAGACCAGUUCCAACAAAAGUGAACUUAUUUGCCAUAUUUCCUCCUCAGAUACUAGGCCUUUCACACUUGGAAUGCACAGAAAAUAUACACAUUUUAACGGAAUUCACUAUUUUUGGCUUUAGUGUCAAAGAGAUUGAUUCUGCAAGGUUCACCUAAUUCCUCAUAACAAGUGUGUUUUAUAAUCCUAUGAUUCUAAAUCCAAUCACAGCGAUAGGUUCUGAGCAUCAAAUCAAAAUCAAAGAAAAAGGGGAACUGGUAGAGAGGGGGUCUUGGUUAUUUCAAAUUCAUGACCAAAGAGGCCAAAAAUGUGAAAUUCCCUUUCACUUGAUGAACAUUUCACUGUACAAAAUGUCUGUUACCCCACACCAUCCUGAGACAUAAUCAGACUCUCAACAUGGACCAGUGGCCAGGAACACACUUUUCGUGGCCCAUUUCUGUUUGUCAUUUUCCUUCAUAAAGCAUUGAGAUGUUUCACUAAAACAGCUUUAUUAGUCAGAUGUGUAUAGGUUUUAUGUUUAAUUUACGUUACAUAUAUUAAAUCAGAUGGCCUACUUAAGCAACAUGAGUAUAGCAGGGGGUGGUGGCAGUGUGAAUUUUUCUGACUUUAUCUUGUGGUUUCUUUGUGUUUCUCUUGGUUUGGUCUGGUGAGUGCCCUGAAAGAUUGGAACUCUCUGAAGUCAUAGCCAUACAACCACAUAGGGUUAGGAAAAGCCAGAUAAAUGCAGGAGAAUAAAAUCAAGUAGUCCAAGUCCCAGGAACAGCCCCGACUUCUUCAGGAACGCACGUAAAUGGAAAGCAAAGAUAAAAUAUACAAAUGGCGCCCAGGCCAUUUGACUGUGGGCGGCCCACUGGUCUAAGGCACUGCCUGCUCCUGGCACAGGCCCACAGCGAGUGGUUGCAGAAAUGUGAUUUUCUGGGUUGCUUCUGCUUCCCGUUGUUAGAAGAUGAGUGUGGGAUGAUGGGGUGGGAAUGGGCCUUGCCCUCAGCCCCACCCGUGGUACAGAUGCUCCAUCUGCAAGCCUCAUUUUGAGCAAAGCACUCCUGUGGUUUACAGUUUCCUUUUGGUGCCAAUGUUGUCAGGUUAAAGCACCUUUAAUCUUCUUUUGUUGUUAUUUUAAAAUAAUAUAUUUGUGAAGUGGAUUAAAGAAACACUGGAAAUAGGGUGCUUCUUAUAAAAAAGCUCAAGUGUAAAACACACAGGCAAGGCCUUUGGUGAGUUUAUCUGGCUUUGUAAACAAGUCUGAAAAUGAAUGAGAGAUAAAUAUCUAAGCAGUUAGUUGUCUUUUACCAUUUUUAACUUGGAUCUGUAUUUAACACUUAUUUAUUUGUUAGUUUUACAUUCAGAGGAAAUACACUUUGAACUUUGGCUAACAUUGUAGGAUGUUUUUAAAUUGUUUUCUACUUUUUUAAAACAUGAUUUUAUCAUUUUUGUAAACUUAGAUCAUUUUCGAAUAGCCCUUUUUCUUUUCCAAUAGACCAGUUACCACUCAUAGG